AUGGGGGACACGACACGCUUCACUUCAGAUUAUGGAACAGCCUUUACAUCUGAUACGCUGAGGAUUGUUCUGGUGGGUAAGACUGGAGCAGGAAAGAGUGCAACAGGAAACACCAUCCUGGGGAGAAAGGCCUUUAAAGCAGGAUUCUCCCCAAGCACAGUAACAAAGACCUGUGAGAAACAGGUUGCAGAGCGUGCAGGCAGAAGAAUUGCUGUGAUCGACACCCCAGGAUUCUUUGACCCAUCAGUCAAUGAAAAGGAGAUGAAAAGUGAAAUGGAGAGAUGUGUCUGCUUAUCUGUCCCAGGACCACAUGUGUUUCUGCUGGCCAUUAGGCUGGGGAGUUACACACAGGAGGAGAGGGCCUCUGUGGAGUGGAUCCAGAGGAAUUUUGGAGAGGGGGCAGCAAAGUACACAAUGCUGCUGUUUACAGGAGGAGACCAUCUGGAACAACCAAUGGAAGAGUUUCUCAGGCAAAGCAAGGAGCUUCAGAGCCUGAAACGCAAAUUUGAAUAUCAUGUCUUCAACAAUAAAGAGAAGAACAACAUCACUCAGGUUUCAGAGCUGUUGAAUAAGAUAGAUGUAAUAGUGGAGAGGAAUGGAGGACAAUAUUACACUAAUGAGAUGUACAAGGAAGCUCAGAGAAAGACCACAGAAGAAGAGGAGGAGAUAAAUAGGCAUGAGGAGAGGAGAGGGAGUAGAGAGAAGACAGAGAGACAGACCAGGGAACAGAAGGAGAAGGAGAAAAAACAAAGGAAGCAUAUAGGAAACUUAGCAAGUGCAUCAAAAAUUUGA